AUGGAUGAAACUGGUGUGACGACAGUGCAGACACCCAAGCAGGUUGUCACAGAAAAAGGGAAGAAACAAGUGGGUUCAGUAACAUCUGCUGAAAGAGGAGAGCUCGUCACUGUGGCCUGUGCAGUAAACGCCACUGGAAAUGCAGUCCCACCCAUGUUCAUUUUCCCGCGUGUCCGCUUCAAGGACAGCCUCCUCAAUGGAUCACCAGCAGGUUCCAUUGGUCAUUGUACAAAGUCUGGAUGGAUGAAUGAAGACGCCUUCCUCAUCUUCCUGAAGCACUUCAUCCGCCACACUAACUGCUCCACCGAUCACCCAGUCCUGCUCAUUCUGGACAACCAUGAGUCUCACAUCUCACUCAAGUCAGUGACAAUUGCUAAAGAGAAUGGGGUCAUUAUGCUCACCCUGCCACCUCAUACCUCACACCGCUUGCAACCAUUAGACAAAACUGUCUAUGGACCACUCAAAACCUAUUAUAACCGAGCGAUGGAUGGGUGGAUGCGAUCACAUCCUGGGCGAACCGUAUCAAUCUAUGAGGUCUCGGAACUUGUGAAGCAAGCGUUCCUCUCUGCAAUGUCACCAACAAACAUAACCUCAGGGUUCAGAGCAACAGGCAUAGGCCUAUACCCUUUCAACAGGGACAUCUUCCCGGAAGAAGACUAUGCACCAUCAAUGGUGACAGACAGGGCAAAUCCAGAAGAUGAACCCAGUGCCACUGCUGACCUGCCUGGAGAAGAGCCCUCCACCAGUGCAGCUGCUCACCUGCCUGGAGAAGAGCCCUCCACCAGUGCAGCUGCUCACCUGCCUGGACCAUCUCAUGAGCCAACACAUGUCACAGCAGAUCCAGACCCAGGAGAGCCACCUGCCACUCUGACAAAUCCCGAGCACUUAUCAAGUGACAAAUCUGGUUCUUCUGCUCACUUGGGUUAUGUGUCUCCAGAAGUCAUUCUUCCCUUGCCAAAAGCCACAGAAAGAAAAAAAAAAUGUGUAAGAAAGAAAGUGAAAACAAGAAUCGUGACCGACACACCUGAGAAGAUGGAGUUGGAGAAGGCUCACAAAGAAAAAGAAGAUAAAAAGGCUGAACAGGAAAAGAAAAAGAAUGAAAGAGAGAAGAAAAGGGCUCUGAAAGCUGCAAAUCAAACCAAACCAAGAAGAAAACAGCUGUGUACAGUAGCUCAGAAGAAAGCUCCACCACCAAUGAUGAGGCAGAAGAUGGUCUGGAGAAGACACACAGCAGAGAAAAGGAACGGGCUGAGAAGAAGAAAAGGAGUGGAAAUAAGAAGGGGGCUCUGA